AUGCUUUCUUCUGCAGUUCUGAUAAUUGCUGUUUCGACCGUGUUGGCAGCUGCCGACAAAGCUGAUGCGGGCAGUCGAAAAAGUGGCCAUUACAGUUAUAAAUGGCCACGACGUAAGUACCACUGGGAUAUUCAUGAAAAAUGGCCUGCGAAGGAGGACCACGAGCAAACCAAAGAUGGUUUUUCCGAUGAUAAAAAGCAGGGUGGUGCAAAUACAGAUUUGAACAGAAGCAACUAUUUUUUGAACUACGGAAAAAACAAAAAUGACGGUGGUAGUGACGGCAGCAGUGUUGAUGACGACGAACGGCAACGCAGUCGCAGUAAACAGGAUAUAAACCACCCAUACGAAUAUGAUUGGUAUAAGCUGUUGCGCGCCGACGAUAAAGAUCCAGCAGAAAAGCUAUCUGGAAAAGUGAAGAGUCAGGAAAAACAGAGAUCAAAAAGUGAUGAGAACGAUGACGAAGAUUAG